AUCAUUUCGCGAAGGAUCCUGAAAAUUGUAUACAAUUUACCAUUCCUUCUAGGGCUCUCCUAUUGCCGACAUCUGCGAACCAUCAGAAAACACCUGAUGUAUCUGGUCGAUACGAGGGAAAUGAGCGGCGAGGAAGACUCAAAGCCCGUUGAUGAGGAAUUCUGGAAAAGAUGUCGCGCUGAAAAGACGGCUGAACUUGAAGAGGAGUUCCUCCUGAGAGUCUACUGGAAAGGCAUCGAGGGCACGGCCACUAAAGAACUCCGACGACAGGCUUGGCCAUAUCUCCUGAAGCUCUUCAGCUGGGAUGAGGACCCUGAGCCAAAAAUGACCGAAUUCACGACAAAAUACAGAGAGGAUGUGGAUAGUUGGAGAGUGCUUGAAGCAGAGGUUCGCCGCCAAGAUGAGGAAGACUUUUUAGCCGGUACGUCUAUCUAUCAGUUUGCCAAGGGCUGCUUUCCAUCUCGACAUCGAAGGUUUCCCAUGGCAGAACGCGAAUGUUCGAUUGCCAGCGAGGUGUUCGAAGAUGAAAUGCCUGAGAACGGAAUGCUGGAGAAACCUCAUCAUCAUGAAGGUGAUGCUAUUCUUCGACAGUUCGCUGUCAAUCUGCAUCGAAUAGACAAGGACGUAGAGAGAUGCGAUAGAAAUCUGAUAUUUUUCUCUAACAAAGAAAAUUUAGAGAGCCUC